UCGUUUUGACAAUUUAAAAAUUUUGAAGUUUCAUAAAUUUCUAUGAGAUAUUUUCAAAAAACAUGUCUACCUCUCCCAGAUCCAUCGAAGGACGAGUUCUUUCUUACUUAAAAGAUCAAGAACGUCAUUUCUGUAGUGAACAUGAUGAAAUUGAAAAAGAAGAUAGGGAUAUACCCGAGGAACAUGCCGAGAAUAUUUUGAAAGAGAUCCUAUUAAAAGUGAACAAAAGGAUAGUUUGUAAAGAUCGAUACGAUAACUUGAAAUUAUGGCAUAAUCAGUUCCCUUUAUUUGAUUUAGAAGAUAUUAUUCCCGACUUUUGUAUCAGCGAAGAAAUGAUGAAAGAAUUGGCUUUUCCCGAGACACUCGUGAUCAGUGAAUUAGAUGGAGACUCAGAUAUGUCUGAAACAGUUCCUAACCCUGUUGGAGCACUAGUUUUAAAUAUUCUUGUAACGGAUGCUGUUUUACCUGAAAGUAUAAAGAAGGAAUCCAUAGAUGCGGAAUUGGAAAUCGAAGUCAUGCAAGCUUUACAAAAAGCAAAACAAGUUGCUGGUUCUAUGAACAUUAACCCGGACGUUGAACGCAUUGAAGUCGAUCAAAUUGAAGAGCAGCUGCAGAAGUCAUUAACUGACUACGAUAGAUUAUUGAAUGCCGAAAUGAUGGCCAAUACCAAAAAAUUUAUAGUGCAUGUUUCAUCUCAAUUUAACAAUGGUUAUAAUUGUGGAUCCAGGAUAACUGCUUGGGUGGACAGAAAGUUUCAUACCCUGGAAGAGAAAAGAACAGAAUAUUUACAAGAAGACGCAUUUCUUAACGAGAAAUCGCUAUAUAUUGGAUUGUUGAGCAAAAAAUAUUACGUAAGACACACCAGUUCAAAAGAAGAUGUGGAUGAGAGAAAAUAUUACAGUCUUGCGAAAUGCCAAAAUUUAGUUUGUGAAGGAGCAAAUUUCAUUCUAAUGAGAUAUUUGGCAAUUACAAGAUACAAAGGUGAAUUUGAAUUAAGUACGACGUAUAUCAAUGGAGAUUUAUGCCGAAACAUCUAUGAGUGCACAGGUCCUUUUAUGGGUAAAGUUAACAACAAAGAUAUGGAGGUAUGCAAGAUAUAUAGACACAUUAUUGAGAAAUGUGGUAUUGAACAUAUGUGCGUCACCGUUCUCACUGUUCAUGGUAGAAUAGUGACCCAAGAAUGGGAUGGUUGUAGCUAUAUUAUUAAUAUUAACCCUUUACAAUUCGUAAGCAUAGGAAAACCCAGUCCUUACGACAGAAAAGGUCUCGAAAAUACUUGGUAUGAUGACUUGCAGCUUUUCUUCAAAUACUUAGACUACAAGACGGAAGCUGAAAUUAAAAUGAAGACUUACAUGCAUGAUCACCCUGAAGUUAAAAAUAUUUUAGCAGACUAUUUGAAUAACAUAAUUUUAAUGAAACCACAAAAUAUUUUAACAUUUACAAUGGACUUUUUCCAAAGUCUUUGUCCCAUGAAAUUGGCCAGAAUGAGUUACUUGAAUUGAAGAGCAACAAUAAAUAUCUUUAUGCACCUAAAA